UAAGCCAAAAUUCAAAAACUCUCUCGAAAAAAAGCGCAAAAAUGCUAUUCAUCAGCUUAAAGUGUUAAAAAGUGAUAAGAAAAAAAAAAUCCAACAACAACAACAUUGGUCGCAAUAUGUCUACCGACAGCAGCAACAUGAAUGCCAACAACAACGCCUACGAGUCCUCCAAAGUGGAGGUCAUCGUUUUGGCCAAAUCCGACAAGACACUCAAAAACAAUAUGGACGCCAAAGAUGAGACUAUGCGCAAACGCACCUCACUCAUCAUUGUGCCACAGCCAGUAGAAGAGUUGUCUGAUCACGACAACAAUCUGACAAAUUCCACCAUCGAUAACGAUAAUUGCAAUGAGACUAUCGAUAGCAACAUCGACAACAAAACCACGCCAACACUCAGCGCCACAAAGCAGCAACUGCUCGAAUCUUCCAUCUGCUCCACCAACUCCAAUGGCGGCACCGAAGAUGAAGUUGAUGAAGGCGAUUUUCUAAAGAAGCCACUCGAUAACGAUACCAAGAGGAUUCGUCACUCCAUAGCCAGCGUCGACAGCUGCGUCUCACGUUCUACGCGCACCAGCAGCACCGACACUAGCACCUCUUCGGGCGAUGAUGUCGCCAUCGAUGACUACAAUGAUUUGGAAGAGAAUGGCAAUCUAAUCGAUGAUCUCGACGAGGGUGAUCGCAAGAAUUGCCUAUCGAAUGCUUCAUCCUCAAUCGAUGAUUAUUCGUUGCGCGAGAAGCUGCACAAUUAUGUCAACGAGGCAAUGGAGAAAGAUGAGGGUGAGGGCAAUAGUAGCAGUACUUGUGGUGAUCAAUGCACCAGCUCCGAUGCAGAGGAGGUGAAUACAGAGGAAAUCGAGGCGAUUGAUGAGGCCGUGGUGGAGGAGGUGCCACAAGAACCACAGAGUCUACCACCCUGUGAUGCACUCUUGAGUCCACAAGAGGUGCCAUUGGGGCGACGUUAUGCGGAGGUGUCACAAUUCAAGGCGAGCAAACGGACUUCCGACUCCAGCACGCAAUUGACAACAUCAGCAGUGCCGCCAGCUACGACACAGAAUCAAUUAAAGCCCAUUUCAGCAACAGCAACAGCGACAGCAGCCACCAGCAAUAGCACGAACAACAAUAAUAAUAAUAACAACAACAACUGCAAUAGCAGUAAUAAUGCCAGUAAUCGACGUCUGCCAUUCUGUGGUUUAGAUUCCAUUAAAGGAAGUGACAGCAAUGGCCAUGGCGAUGGUUGUGGCAUAGGUGGUGCCACCAAUUUAUGCUUCGAUUUGCAAGGUGGUAGCAACAAUAACAACACAACACACAGUGUCGUCGCUGGUAUUGGUACGGUAAAUGCUGGACUUGGACACUUAGAUGGCGGUCAACAUGAUAACAUAUCAGAGCAAUUUCACUCAUUGGAUGCGGCAGAUAGCAGCUGCUGCGGUGAUGGACAAUUCGAGGAUGAUAUGCAAGCUUUGCUGCCGAAAUGCAAGCGACUCUCGGGGGAUGAACUCAGUCAGUCACGUACAUCUCUGGUCUCCAGUUCGGAUGGUGGCAUUUUGGCCGAAGGCGAAACCUCGAGCGAAACAUCACGCGGCACCGACGAAUGCCCGCCCUGUGAUUUGGGCCUGAUGGAGCGUCUGCUGCUGACACAUCCUGUAUGGUUUUUACCCGGCAUACAGCGAUCCGGUGCAGUGCAUUUUCUACAAGGCAAAGAGGAGGGGAACUUCAUUGUGCGCGGCUCAAGCCAACCCAACACCAUGGCCGUGUCGGUGCGUCUUCCCCCGGAUACUGGUCCCUACAUUGAGCACUAUUUGAUUCAGUCAAACGACGCCAUUUUGAGCUUGGAAAGUUCACGCUUCACAUUCGAUUCAAUCCCAGCGCUGAUCGCUCACUAUGCACAGUGCUGUGAUGAACUGCCCGUUCAACUUAUACUGCCACGCGCUUUGCGCGAAGUCAGAAAUCGUCAGCAACUCUCAUCGCUAGCCCUAUUGGGUCAAGAGUUUUGGCGCUAUCCGAUGUCUUGCCCUAAGCCACAUGAAUCAGAGGCUAAUCUACUCGAUGCUAAAUCACCCAACUCAUUGACUGAAACCAGCGGCUUGGGCACAACGGUCUUCAGCAACUCUGGCGCACCACAAUCAGCGAAGGUCUUCAGUCCCACCAACAAUCAAGGUGGCCUCUUUAGUCAGGCGGGCACACCAUCAGACACUACAUCCAGCAUGAGUUCUUUCACCACGAGCGGUGGUCCACAAUUGCAGCUAAUGAGUCCGGAAUCGGUGGACUCAGUAAUACUAACCAUGUCGCCGGUGGAUGUAAAUAAUCACCGCAAUGGCAUUAUUGGCUUAUCGGGCGAUACUUCGACUACGACAAAUGGCAACCUUAGCACUUUUAAAUCGAAUAAUCUCGUGAUGGUGCCAUCGAAAGGCAAUAAAUCCAUCUCAGACAAUGGCAUACGGCCACAACGUCCCAAGCCGCCAAACACUCUCAAUUUGGAUUUACGCAAACCACCUGCGCCACCAUUGCGUUGCUUCAAACCACUCACACCCAGCAGUCCACUGCCAGUGGACCAUGCAUUGAACUCGGCAAAUAAUUUUACUGUGACAACAACUGUUACUUUCUCAAUGGAGAACAAUAACUCACCCCAGUUUGUUGAAGUGACCACACCAGCAACAGCAACUAAUAUGAUCGCCUCAAGCGCGCUCAACACAAAUGCAACUUUCCAAACUUUCUCGAAACGUUUAUCGCCUGAGGGCGAAUGCAAAGAUACGCUCUCGUCACAGGGUUCUUCGAAUGGCAGCCGCUGGCAAUCGCAGAGCAGCAAAGACUCGAAUCACAGCCAAAGGAAGAUCCUAUCACCUUGCUCCGCUGGCACGCCCACAAGCGCUUUGGGCAGCAGCAGCAGCAAAUCGCGACGCGCCAAAGCGCGCAAGGAGUCCAAACACUACCAGGAGUCUGACAUAUUGGAAAGUCCACAGAUAUACUGCCGCAGCGCAUUGGGCGAUAAAAUCAGCGAUUAUGAAGACCUAUGGACUCAAGAGUCGAACGAGCGCACCGGUUUGCUCACGAGUUUUAAGCCCACAGAAGGUGCGCAGGGUAAACGACCUGACUUGCUCGCAGAAACACCCACUAUCACCUCCCUAAGCGCCAAUUUACUUUCACCUGCUAACUCCUCUGUCGCUUCUGCCAGUCCGCAAGGCAACAGUGAUCCCUCGCCUACGCCCACUGCCAAUGCCCCCUUUUGCGACACCCAACAACUCAUACAGUUUUCCGCUGAUGUCCAGCCACGUUCACGCGCUGGCCUUCUCUUGCCCGGUCUCAUGAGCCAAUCGCUUUCCGAAGAUCAGUUCAAGGUUUGCGAACUGAACGAGGGUGACACUACACCUACAGCAGAUACGCCUGCCUCACGGAGCAAGCAAGGCAGCCCCUUCUAUGCUGAACCAGCGGAUGCACUGCGUGAAGCAGGUCUUACAACUGCCAGCAUACUACGACGUUCACAGCGUGGUCCACUCUUGCCUGCAAACCAUCGGCACUCUGAGCCGCCGAAGAGCGGGCUAGCGCGUACUCCCAUAUGCCCAUUGCUAAUUCCCAAAGAAUUCGAGAAAAUCGCAGGCAGUCUGGAUGAGCUCAAGAAAAAGCAGCAACAGGCGCCACAGCAAGCCCCAACACAACAACAACAGCCCACGAAACGCGCACGUGCACGCUUCGAGCAAUGGCAACUUGACAGCAGUUGGGAGUUCAUGGGUAAACAAGAUGAGGAUGAUGAUUAUGAUGAGGGUGCCGAAGAAACCAAUACCAAUAACAAUUAUGGCGAUUAUGAUACGGAGGAACAGUGGCGCCAACAACCCGUGACUGGUCAAGAGAAGGAAAACUCAUUGGGUCGCGAAGCAAACAAGGAGAAUAAACCAAAGCCACUGACAGUUCAUCAAAUAAUCGCCAAACGUUUCCCCGAUUUGAAUCUUCCAGAGCUGGUACGUUGCUCCACGCCACCACAACAAGCAUAUCUACAACAGCAUCAUAACGGCCAGUGCGGGCAAAAACAAUUAAGCGAACAUCAUGGCAGCCAGAAGUCCUUCGACAGUCAGACUGGUAGUCGACUCUCGUCCUAUGACAACGUCGGCGGCACUUAUUCCUUCUGUCAGUCAUAUUUUAACGGCAUCGACUCGGCGCAAUCGGAUGACGGCACAGUGUUCUCAGAACCAUGGGACUCAUCGCAAUGGGACUCCAUUAACCCGCAAGAUGAUGCCACUAUCGCUUCGGACACCAUACACUUUUCAAAAUGUCGCCCCGUUGUCUCAGAAGAUGAUACUAUAAUUGAAGAGCUGAGUACCAAAGAGAGCAAUCAAGACACAUUGAAAGCUAAGAAGUGCAAUGGCAGACAAAAGGUCGCAACAAUAUUGCGGAAUCCAAGCAUGCGAGAUCGUGAAAUUCUGCGUCAUCCACGCAACAAGCUGAACGCGCACAACGGCGGUCCCGGUGACCUAGUGCGCGCUUGCACACUCCAACUUGCCGAAGACCCGAGUUCAACCUUCGCACGCAACAUCGAAAAUUUCAUCUCCUGCACCAAAGAAUCGCGAGAGGCAGCCCCACAAGUGGUUAUGCGCAAUAUGCGCCAAUUUAUGAAUGGCAUGAAGAAUUAUCUGGUAAAACAUGGUGAGGGUAAAUUCCAUCAGGAAGUCGAAGCGGCGCGUUCACGUCUCAAAGCGGACGAAUUUCUCAAUUUGGACGCCAUACUCGAGACUGUGAUGCAUCAAUUGGUUGUGCUGCCGCUGCGCGAACAUCUCUACAGCAUGUUCGUGGACUACUACAAACGCUCGGAAGAUAUACAGCUGUUGGCGCAGAAUGUUAAAUAUGCUUGCGGACGUAAUGCUGCCGAUUUUGGUAUACGCCCAACAGUUACACCGCCAUCAACGACAGCUUUGCAGAUGAUUUCGUCAUUGUUGCAACGCUUACAGGAGGCCGAGUUGCCGCUCGAUAAGUUAGAUUUUUUUCUCUGUGUCAUAUCGACCAUUUUCGAAGCAACCGGUUGCCCGCGCGGCCAACAGCUAGGCGCUGAUGACUUUCUGCCCGUGCUGGUUUAUGUCGUGGCCAAAUGUGGUUUUGUGGGUGCCGAAAUAGAGGCUGAAUUCAUGUGGGGACUACUGCAACCGACGUUGCUGAGUGGCGAGGCGGGCUACUACUUGACAGCGCUCUGCAGUGCCGUGCACGUGCUCAAGAGCUUUAUGGCUUCGGAGAAUGAGAAUGGAACUGGCUCGUUAGACUGGCGCUCCUCUUCGCUGCCGGCCUGCUCUUCGGUGUUGCGCGUUAUCAUACCCGACGAGUGCAAUGGCUCGCUGCAAACACGCACGCUGCCCGUACGGCCUCACACUACCACACGCGAGGUAUGCCGAAUUAUUGCGCACAAGGCACGCAUCACCAAUCCACAAGACUAUGCGUUGUUCAAGCUCGUCGAUGGCGAAGAAACGCUAUUGAAUGAUGUCGAAUGCCCGCAAGAUGUGAGAUUUGCAGCAAAAGGCAAGCAUUGCAUUUUGGCUUACAAGCGUAUCGACGCUAAAAUUGCAUGGCCGACGGCCACUUAUUAAUUCACUGUUUGGCUUGGGGAAAUGUGAAGCGGAAAUGGCCUAUGAAAAGUGUGAAAAUAUGCAAUUUAAAAAUCGAAUCGAGCGCUGAAAAGCUCAUCUGCUGCAGACAACUAAGUGCAAACACUUUAACCGUUAAGGUGUUAUGUAUUUUUUUUUAAUUUUUCGGUACAUAAGUACGAGGAAAGCAAGCAACCAAUCUGAUAUUUCUUUAAGCAGCGGAUUAAAUUUAAUUAGUUUUAAUUAAAUUUGAAUCAUAAUGCACCAUUGCUCACUAACCCAUACUUCAUGUUAAGCAUAGAUAUACAUACUUACAUACAGACAUGAGUAAUAAAAAACAAAAGUUGUAUUUAUACAUAUAUUUGCGAGUAUCCUAAACAGUAUUGCGAUAAGUUAGUUUGUAAGCGAAGUAAACAUGUCUACAUACGUACAUACAUAAUUAGUAAUAUUUUAAGAAAAGUGAAAUAAGUUUACCAUGUGUAUGUAUGUACGUUUGCACUAAGUAAGACUACGGACUAACGAAACUUUAAUGUAUUAACUCGAAUUAAUUUUGUACAAUUAACGAACACUUCCAAUUGCGUUUACAAAUCAGAAACCUUCAGAAAACGAAACAUAAAUAAAAAUAUCAUUAUAAAAGACGUUUUAAAAGGCGUUUUACGAAAAAUUAAAACACCUCAAGGCAGGCGAUGUGAACAAAAAAUUUAUAUAAUAUUUUAUCUGAUCAAUUGCAAGCAAAACGUGAAUGUGUGUAAGAAGAAAAAUAAGAAAAAUAAAAUUGUAAAAAAAUAUAACUUUGAGAAAAAAGUUAAAUUGGUUUUCUAAAAAUUUAACAAAAAAGUUAAUUUUAACAGAAAAAAAUUAGUUUUAACUAAAAAUCAGAAUCAUAAAAAAUUAAUUUUAACAAAAUAAAUUAAUUUUAAGAAAAAAUAAAUGAAACCAAAAAUAAUAAAAAUAAAUUCUGCAGCUAAUUGUAUGCACAAAAAAUUAUUGUGUAACAGCUAAUAUUAAAAAAAUAUUAUAUAGCACCAGUUGCUGCAAUGUAAAGGAGAGAUAACGCAAUUAUUUUAUUUUAGAUUUAAAGUCUAAUUGCUGUUUUUUAACAUAAAUUUGUGUAAAUAUUCAGAUAAGAUUUGUAUAAAGAAAAUCUACGAAAAAUAUACUUCUG